UCGUUUUUUCCCCAGGAUUUCAUUGUUUAGAGAACAUUAAACGAUAUAGAGUGGAAUAUUCGUCUUGGUUACCCCCCCGUAUCCGUCCAUUCGUGAUUUUUGCGAAUUGAUGAAUUGAGCAGCCGACUGUUUGCUGCAUCUGUUUAGUCUGGUGCUCGCUGCAAACCAAGCGUAAAUGGAGACAAGAAAACGGCAGCUGGCCGUGGAUAAAUGAAGGCUAUGCAGGCCUAGAUUAAUCUACGAUGUUGAAAAGGCUGAUACUGGCUAAAUGUUGGUGUUUCUAUUUACACGAUUGUAAAUGGUGACGAAGGCAUGUUCGGUUCUAGAAAGAAGUUUGUAGAGUUUGUCGAGGUAGUCGAUAACGACUUUCCCGAUGAAAGCAUGUACUACAACCAGCCGUCGAUGUUCCCACAUCGGACGGACAAGGAUAUGCUGUCGUCUCCUUCGCCAUCAUCAUCAGGUCAACUGUCACAGCUUGGUGCCAGUUUGUAUGGUCCACAAAGCGCCCUCGGGUUCUCGAUAAGGGGAAUGGGUAACAACACGCCUCAGUUAAAUCGCAAUUUAUCGCAGGGCUCCCAGCUACCAAGUCACAUUACGCCCACAACGGGGGUACCCUCCAUGUCCCUCCAUACCCCACCAUCACCAAGCAGGGGGACUUUGCCGAUGAACUCGAGGAACAUGCUGAACCACGCCCAGGUGGGGCAGGGCAUCGGUAUGACGGGUAGGACCAACAGCAUGGGCAGCUCAGGGCUGGGCAGCCCCAACCGCAGCUCCCCGAGCAUCAUCUGUAUGCCCAAACAGCAACCAGCACGCCAGCCCUUCACCAUAAACAGCAUGUCAGGGUUUGGAAUGAAUCGCAAUCAAGCUUUUGGGAUGAACAACUCUUUAUCAAGCAACAUCUUCAACGGCACAGACGGGAGUGAAAAUGUAACCGGAUUGGAUCUGUCCGACUUCCCCGCGCUGGCAGACAGGAGUCGAAGAGAAGGUAGCGGAAACCCCACACCACUGCUCAACCCGCUGGCUGGAAGGGCUCCCUAUGUUGGCAUGGUGACAAAACCAUCCACUGAACAGACGCAGGACUUCUCCAUCCACAACGAGGACUUCCCCGCGCUACCAGGGCCCAACUACAAGGACCCCACGUUGAGCAACGAUGAUAACAAAACUAACUUGAACUCUACAGGAAAGAGCACAUCCAAUGCAGAUGGGCCCAAGUUUCCCGGAGACAAGACGGGCUCGGCACAGAACAACAACAAUCAGAAGAAGGGCAUCCAGGUGCUGCCGGAUGGCCGGGUGACGAACAUUCCCUCAGGGAUGGUGACGGACCAGUUUGGGAUGAUCGGACUGCUGACGUUUAUUCGGGCGGCAGAGACGGAUCCCGGAAUGGUCCAUCUUGCGCUGGGAAGCGACCUCACAACACUGGGACUCAACCUCAACUCACCAGAAAACCUGUACCCCAAGUUUGCAUCGCCCUGGGCUUCAGCACCUUGUCGACCCCAAGACAUCGAUUUCCAUGUUCCAUCGGAGUACUUAACCAAUAUUCACAUAAGGGACAAGUUGGCUUCAAUUAAGUUGGCCCGGUACGGUGAAGACCUGCUGUUCUAUCUGUACUACAUGAAUGGUGGAGAUCUGCUACAGCUUCUGGCAGCAGUGGAGCUGUUUAAUCGUGACUGGCGGUACCACAAAGAAGAGCGGGUUUGGAUCACGAGGGCGCCCGGCAUGGAGCCCACACUAAAGACCAACACCUACGAGAGGGGAACCUAUUACUUCUUUGAUUGUCUUAACUGGAGGAAAGUAGCCAAGGAAUUUCAUCUGGAGUACGACAAGCUGGAAGAGAGGCCUCUGGUGCCGACAACAUUCAACUACAACCCAGCCCAGCAGGCCUUCUAAGGCCCCGACCAGUACCAGUUACAGCUGUUCCUGCACACCACCCUGUCCUUGGUUUUUAUUCCUCGAGGAUUCGGCUAAUUGACUUUGGGAUUUGGG